AUGUGGCGCGGCGAUUUUUUCUUGCAAUUAGACUCUAAGCACCUCUAUUCAAAACCCAUCUCACCAGCCAACACACAAUCACCAACCAUGUCUCUCUUCAAGUCCAACAAGAACAAGACCUCAUCUGCUGCCUCGACCCCAGCUCAGACUCCCCGUCCAUCUAUCGAUACCCACCGUCCUACCCAAGUCAAGAUGACCCGCGACCAGGCCCUCGAGAUGGCUCUCCGCAAGUCGGUCCAGAACAUGCCCGCCAACUUUAGCCUCUUGUAG